CUUAGGCUGCACUUUUGCGCGGCCGGUUAGUAAUGUACAGUGGAUAGAGCCUCUCUUUUAAAUCCCAGGGCAGCGGGGCCUUCAAGGCUAGCACUGCAAUUUCAAUUAGGCGCUGAGUGAAAGCUUGGCAUGUGUAUUAGUGAGCAGGGACACAAUUAGCUUAUUCUUCCCUCCCCAAUUGUGUUGAGAGGAUUCAGAAGAUUGGUGGGGGAUCAGGCAAGCCAGGCAUCACCGGCUAUUGAAGAAGGGAGUUGCUCAAACCUCGACAUCUUCACUUGCGCAGGCUGGAAUUACAGAGGUUUAUCACAAAGCACCGUGUGUGGCUAGGUGAAGCGUGCCUCAGGAACGCUCCGGACACCACUUGGGGUUUGUCUUUGUGAGUGCUCACCGCUCUGUCUAUUCUCAUCACUAACAUGGAGCCCAACAGCCCCAAAAAGAUACAGUUUGCUGUGCCUUUAUUCCAGAGUCAGAUCGCUCCAGAGGCAGCGGAACAGAUCAGGAAAAGAAGACCCACACCAGCAUCCCUUGUGAUACUCAAUGAACAUAAUCCCCCAGAAAUCGAUGAGAAGAGGGUGACCAACACUCAAGAAUCGCAGAACGCAUCCCCUAAGCAGAGGAAGCAGAGUGUGUACACACCGCCUGCCAUGAAAGGGGUUAAGCAUCUGAAAGGCCAGAAUGGAUCGGCAUUCCCCGAAGAAGAAGAAAGUGCAAGUGAAAGAGAAGAGAAGUGGGACCCCUAAUUACCCGCGGGCAGCAGGAGGACUUCUUGGGGUUAGCUGGACUGAAUGCUCUUCUGAAUAUCCGGCGCCACUCCCAAGCCCCGCCUCCCGCAGGCUCUUCUGCCUCAUCCCCACACCCACGGCAGUUAUGGUCCCCUCGGAAGACUCCUUGACUGAACUGGGAAACCUAGUGCGGAUUGUUGUGUACCACUCGAAGCAAAGAACAGGCACUUAUUGUACAACAAUUUUUCUUUUAAACUAACAAUACCUGGGAUUCUGCUACCAUGU